UGCGCAUGCGCCUUUCCACUGCCGAGCACGCGCCUUCCCUAUCCAAACGCACGCGCUUUUUGAGUCCUCCUGCAACAUCCUCGAGAAGUUAGUCACGAGAGACCCGACCGACCGUUGAGCAAGGCGCGAGAAUCAUCCAUCUCAACGCCGCGAGCAGGGUCGACUGCCCUGCUGGUGUCCUGUAAUUUGUUUAAUCGGUUUUUAUCGAGACGGUUGUGUUUGGCUGAGCUGUAACACACACCCCUCCCGUGAGCAGUAGUCUGAGCUCAGACAGGAGUUUGGUCAUCAGCAUCCGCUCCGCAUUUUUACGGUUUGCUAACUACAUAUCCUCCUCCACCUUUAUGGAUUUUACUGUACCGUAUUUUUUUUUAAAACGACAUAUCUGAAUACGCGAGGUUUGAUUAACUGCGAGGCUUAUUUUUUAUUAGACGGGUGAGGUAAAUACAGAGGAUUACACACAUGUAGCCGCUGUGAAGCUAGCUGAGGAAGUGGACUGUUACUUUUCCAUCCCUGUAUGGUGGAAGGAGUCGCUCGCCUUGAUGAUUCAAUGUUAUGGAGACGCGAAAUGCCACAUAAAGACUGAUCUCUGUCACUUUCAGAGAGACUAGUACCUUCGCCGCCAUUCAGAGGAUUACUUGGAGCUGUCUGCAACUGUACAGUUAAAUGAGUUAGCUGGGAAUCGAUUAUCCAAAGCUAGCCCAUUAGCCAACUCCCCAAGUGAUUCGUUUAGCACAGUAUUAACAGUUUAUGUCGUGUCAGUUCUUUUUUAUUUUUACCGAUAGACACAUAGAUUGCGUUUAGAAGAUGUCCUUUUUCAAUUUUCGGAAGAUAUUCAAGCUGGGCACGGAGAAGAAGAAGAAACAGUAUGAGCACGUUCACAGAGACCUCAACCCCGAGGAGGUGUGGGAGAUCGUGGGGGAACUUGGGGAUGGAGCCUUUGGGAAAGUCUACAAGGCUCAGAACAAAGAGACCGGGAUCCUGGCUGCAGCUAAAGUGAUCGAUACCAAAACAGAAGAGGAGCUAGAGGACUACAUGGUGGAGAUUGAAAUCCUUGCCUCCUGUGACCAUCACUACAUUGUCAAACUGCUGGAUGCUUUCUAUUAUGAGAGCAAACUAUGGAUUCUCAUUGAGUUUUGUGCCGGAGGAGCUGUAGACGCUGUGAUGUUGGAGCUGGAGCGGCCACUGACAGAGCCUCAGAUCCGGGUUGUGUGUAAACAGACGCUGGAGGCGCUGGCUUACCUCCAUGAGAAUAAGAUUAUACACCGGGACCUGAAGGCUGGAAAUAUUCUCUUUACCUCGGAUGGAGACGUCAAAUUGGCUGACUUUGGAGUGUCUGCAAAGAAUACAAAGACCCUACAGAGAAGAGACUCUUUCAUUGGAACACCAUACUGGAUGGCACCCGAGGUGGUGAUGUGUGAGACGUCAAAGGACAGACCGUACGACUACAAAGCGGACAUCUGGUCCCUGGGGGUGACUCUGAUCGAGCUGGCACAGAUCGAGCCUCCCAACCACGAGAUGAACCCAAUGAGAGUCCUGCUAAAAAUAGCGAAGUCUGAGCCCCCCACACUCGCAGCUCCAUCACGUUGGUCUCCGGAGUUCAGUGAUUUCCUGCGGAAAGCACUGGAUAAGAAUGUAGACAAUAGGUGGAGUGCAUUGCAGCUCUUACAGCAUCCAUUUGUUUCAAAUGUGGUGGAUAACAGACCACUGCGAGAGCUGAUUGCUGAGGCUAAAGCCGAAGUGGUUGAGGAGAUUGAAGAGGGAAAAGAGGAAGAAGAGGAAGAGGAGCCCGAGCCCCAGCAGGCGGUGCAUGGACACAAACGUGCAUUAUCGGACACCAGUGUUGGCAGCUCGGAGGAUGAGAGGCAGUAUCAGAACACGCCAACUCUUGAGUCGGUCACGGAGAGGGCUGAACCUGAAAGAAAGCCCAGUUCAGAGGAUCAGACCAGUGACAAGACCUCCGACAUGGUGGUGGACACCAGCAAACCCAACCAUGCUGAGGAUGAGAAGAUGAAUGAGUUCAGUGUGCCAGACAAGAGCAUUGAGGAAUCACGUUCCGGUGAGGAGGCUGUACCAAAACAAGAGGAAUCUCCUACACCAGUGACCACAGAAGUAGAGAUUUCUGAUCAGCCAAACCCACCAGCAUCAAAUGACAACGUCCUUCAAGAGAUUGUGACCGUCAGUGAAGAAACUGGAGAGGAAGAAAAGAAAGAAAUGAAGGUGGAAGAGACCUCAGAGAAGAAAGAAGAGUGUGAAGAAAUGCAGCAGGAAGCCAAAGCACAAACCACCACAGAUGAAGAAGAGGAACGUAUCCUUCCUUCAGAUGAAGCUGAACCAGAGAAUAAAUCUGAUGGUGUUACUGAAGAAGGCAUCACUGAACCAGUUAAGCUUACAGGAAAAACAGAGGACAAAAUUGAGACUGAGGAAGAAAUUACUAAAAAGGAACUAGUGGAGGAUGAGAGAACAGUGACCUCACCAGAUGUCCCAACAGAGGAGGUAAAGGAGGAGCGAAAAGAAACUUCACCAGAUGUUUCUACAGAAGUAAAGGAGGAGCGAAAAGAAACUUCACCAGAUGUUUCUACAGAAGGGGUAAAGGAGGAUCUUCCACAAGUGGCAACAGAGGACCAAGAUAAAGCAGGAGAUGAGGCUGAGAGUUCAGAACCCAAAGAGGAUCCUGCAACCAAGGGAGUAGAUGUAGUAGAGGGCAACUCUGUGAAUGAAUUGCCUGUUUUUGUCAUCAAUGGUGUAAAAGAAGAGGAGGUCAGUGCAACGGAGGAACCUCAAGAAGCCAAUGAAGACAGACCAGAGACCCAGGAAGCACCUACCAUGCUUGAGAGUGACCAGAAUGCAGCAGAGGUGGUGAAACCUGAUGUUGAAAAAGAGAAAGAUUCUGAUUCAGGCAGCAGUUCUGCUGCAGAUACUAACAGCAUUGACAUUAACCUGUCAAUCUCCAGCUUCCUCUCCAAAAGCAAAGAAGGAUCUGUUUCAAUACAGGACACCAAGCGCCAAAAGAAAACCCUGAAAAAGACCCGCAAGUUUAUGGUUGAUGGGGUGGAAGUCAGUGUCACCACAUCCAAGAUUGUCACCGACAAUGACACCAAGAGUGAGGAACUGAGAUUUUUGAGGCGUCAGGAGCUACGAGAACUGAGGCUGCUGCAAAAAGAGGAGCAAAGAGCUCAACAGCAGCUCAGCAACAAACUGCAGCAGCAGAAAGAGCAGCUCUUCAGGCGCUUUGAGCAGGAAAUGACGGGAAAGAAACGUCAGUAUGACCAAGAGGUGGAGAACCUUGAGAAACAGCAAAAACAGACCAUAGAGCGUCUGGAGCAGGACCACACCAACCGGCUGAGAGAUGAGGCCAAGAGGAUCAAAGCAGAGCAGGACAAGGAGCUCUCCAAGUUCCAGAACAUGCUGAAGAACCGCAAAAAAGAGGUCAAACAAGAGGUCGGACAGUCCCCCAAACACAUGAGAAAAGAGCUCAUGAAACGCUUAAAGGAAGACCUAGCAGUCGUUCAACAUGAAGAGGAGCAAGAGUUUCUCCAGAGGCAGCAGCAGGAGCUGGAUGGAGCUCUGAAGAAGAUCAUCCAGCAGCACAAACUAGAGAUCGCCACUAUAGAGAGAGACUGUCUCAACCACAAGCAGCAGCUCAUGAGAGCCCGGGAGGCAGCCAUGUGGGAGCUAGAGGAGCGCCACCUGCAGGAGAAACACCAGUUGCUGAAGCAGCAGCUGAAGGAUCAAUACUUCAUGCAGAGACAUCAACUCCUCAAGAGGCAUGACAAGGAGAUGGAGCAGAUGCAGGGUUAUAACCAACGGCUGAUUGAGGAGAUGAAGAACAGGCAGGCACAAGAAAGAGCUCGGCUGCCAAAGAUCCAGCGCAGUGAAGCGAAGACGCGUAUGGCAAUGUUUAAAAAGAGCCUGCGGAUCACUGGCACAGGAACACCAGAGCAGGACAGAGAGAAGAUCAAACAGUUUGCUACUCAAGAGGACAAGAGACAGAAGAAUGAGAGACUUCAUCAGCAUCAGAAACAUGAGAACCAGAUGAGAGACCUGCAGCUGCAGUGUGACUCAAACAUCAGAGAACUUCAACAGAUGCAGAAUGAGAAAUGCCACCUCCUGAUUGAGCAUGAGACUCAGAAGCUGAAGGAGCUGGAUGAAGAGCACAGUCAGGAGCUGAAAGACUGGAGGGAGAAGCUUCGGCCCAGGAAGAAGGCUCUGGAGGAAGAGUUCACACGUAAACUGCAAGAACAAGAAGUCUUCUUUAAAAUGAGCGGAGAGUCUGAAUGCCUCAAUCCCACCACCCAAAGCAGAGUCUCUAAAUUCUACCCUAUUCCCAGUGUCCACUCCUCCGGCUCUUAACCUUCACCACUGAGCUUUAUCUAAAGCGAGGAAGUGCUGUUCUAGUCAAGAGCCCAUUGUCCUUUCAAAGGUAUGAGAUCAGAAUAGAUGCAUGGGGUUGGAAAGCUUACAGUAAUGAAGGAGAAACCUUAUGCAUUACCUUGACAUGCUUUUUGCCACGUUGAAUCCAAUGGAUUAACAUUUUAGUUUUCUGUAUGUUGUCUUCUGGUCAUGUUAAUUUGUGCUUUAAGACAUUAGUGCAAAUACACUCAGGCAAUAUCAUCUUGUCUUUGUGGAAUACAUUCAUAAAACAGCCUUAAUAAGGGUCACAUGAUGAAAAGCUCAUAACAAACAUAAGAUCACAGACAGAAAAUCCAACUUAAAUGUUGAGAGAUCACAUUUAAACACGUGGACACUCUAGUCACUGUUACACUUAACUAAUUUAAGCUUCAGUGCUGUUAUGGUCUUGUAUCAGCUGUUAUAUGUUGCAUUUUUGUAUCCUCCUGUGAGUUUGGCCUAUUCUGUUUUUAAUGUCCAUGCAAAGUUACUUUUAAAACAAACUACGCUUUUUAACUUUUAAUGUUUGCUUUAUGGUUAAAGAUAUUUACAGUCAAGGAAUGUAACCCGUAAGAUGACAUUGCACACUUUAAAACAAAUUGAACAUAUGCAGUAGUGAUCUCUUUAGUGCAUUACGAAGGAAAUUGUGCCCAAAUAUUUGUAUGCGAUGAUGUCAUUUCUCAUUUGGCAUGUCACUUUGUGGUUCAGAGUAGCCAAGUUUAUUUUUUUAUGAACAAAUUAAUUUCACGUAUUUGAAGGAGAAUAGGGCAGUGUUUGCCUUCUUGAAUGUUUCAUAUAUAGAGUUAAAGUUAUUUAUGGAUUUAAAUGAAUUUGAAAGUUUUUAUUAGUUCUUUUUCCUGUUUGAUCAAAAUAUAUGGGGAAUAUAAACUUGCACAUUACAUUGUUUAUCUUAAUUUUAGGUUUUCUUUUUAUUGAAGGACACGUACUUUUGAUAGUCAAAUGUAGAGCAGCAUUUUGAAUAGUCCAUUGCAGUCUGCAAAAGUGUUUCAGUGGGAAGACAUGAACUUUUCUUACUGUUGCUGAGGACUUUUCAUCUGAUUCAAGCUCUAUUUUUGAUAACGUUUCGUGCAAGAAAUCACACAUCUGUAUCUUAGCCAUAAUAUGACAUGCUGUGCUCAUAUACUUUUUGCAUGCUGAGAGAAAUCCCAAAUGCUGUACUUAACCAGAGACAUGAACUCUUUGAACAGAUGAUGCAUUUUACACAGACAGGUUUUAAAAGUUGACAUUUGCACAAACGGUGCAUUACAAAUCAGGAUAUUUGUCCAGAGACAGAGAGAAGGGGCUGAUAUCCUAGUGUCAUACUGCUGAACAGUGACCUUAACCUCUUGCAGCACUUUGAUGGAAUAUCUGAUGCAUUUUUGAGGUCAAUUUAUGUAUCGAAACACUUGUCCAUUGAUAUACUGUAAAUAAAACUCAUUGUAUUUUCUUUGA